GUGGUAUGUGAUGGGUGUUCAGGCUGAAAGCAGGGCUCCUCCAUUGCGCACCACCACCUGUAGGUCAUGUGCUUACUGAUUUAUUAGUAUUCUCAAAACGUAGCUCAGGAGAGACAAAGUGGGGACGGAAACAAGAGCAGCUCCAGCUCUGGACGCCAUUUGUUCGCUCCUGGAUGUACGCUGGCAUUUAUUUUUACCACACACCUUCCGUCGCGUUUUCACUAACUGACUUAACGGAACGGCAAUGCUGAGAGGAAAAUUGUGGUUAUUUCAAGAAUCUGAGAAUAUGAGUUUAAAUUCCUGCAUGUGACUCUAAAACAAUCUGACAGUGGAAACGGCGGUUUAGCUGCUCACAGCGAAGGAGCCCAGCGCUGAUGGAGCUGGAAGGAGUGAGGAAUUGAAGGGAAAGUGGGUCCAGAAUUUUACCGUAUCGUUUUAACAACUUCGUGGGAGAUAUGAGGGCUUUCCUUACUGUCUGCCUGGUCCUGUUUCUUUUCAGCUGCUUCUGCCUGGCUGGAGCAAAUCGGCCUGCUGCUCCUGUCAAUGUCUCUGUCACUCUCCUGAGAGCACGUUCACCCACUGUGUCCUGGAACGUUCCAGAGGGAGAAGCUGUAAUUGGUUAUGCCAUCUCGCUACAGAGACAGGAUGGCCUGAUGCAGCGGUUCAUAAGAGAAGUUAAUACCACCAGUCAUGCCUGUGUGCUGUGGGACCUUGAUGAAAACACAGAUUACAUUAUUCAGGUCCAGUCCAUCGGACUGCAUGGAGAGAGUCAAGCCAGCAAGAGGGUUCACUUUCGAACUCUCGAAAAAUCUGACCACUUUCAGUCUAGCAUGGUGGCUCAAGGUGACCCAUCUGUAGAAGGUUUAGACAUCUCCAGAAGCCUUCUGACUGAAGAGAUGGUGAUCAUCAUGACGGUGCUACUGAUGUGGGCAGCUGUGAUUGCUCUGUUCUGUAGGCAGUACGAUAUCAUCAAAGACAAUGACUCCAACAACCACAGCAAGGAGAAGACAAAACCUCUGUCUGAACACAGCACCCCAGACUACCGUAAUGGGGGUCUGCUGGGGAGCAAGUUCCAGAGAACACCAUCAUCAGUUAGCAUCAUCAAGGUCUGACCAGCACAACAACGCAGAAUCUGAUCUGUCUAGUCCUCAAGACAUGAGUGCGUAAUGCCUUGUUUGUUUGGGAAUCCAAAGUAAAUCUCUGAGGCAUCCUUACAUCCUUAACAACCUGCACUGCAAUACACCCGCAACAACCUGCAAUACACUUUUGUAUUAUAUUCUAAUGACAAAUAAUCUGCUGGAGAAUGGCAAUGACAAGCUAUAACUGCAAGGAAUGUGAACAGAAAAAGGCAAAAUGAAAGUUCCAAUCAGGAUGGAGCUAAUUACAAGACAACAUAUCAAUAAAACAGGCCUUCUAUGAUCGAUGUCAAACACUAAAUAAACAAUGCAUGCUGAAAUCUGUCCAUAACAAACAAAUCUGAAACAUCAUUCCUUAUGUUCUUCGAAUAUUCUAUGCAAAACAUGAGAAAAUGUCAUGUAUGUGGUAACUUAAACAGUCUAGAAGUAAUUUGUUUCUGUACCAUCCUGAUUGGGGCUACAUAUAACCAUAUUUGACCAUAUUUACUGUAUUUAUUUUUACUGAUGGAAUGUGUUACUGAGAGACAUUUAUUGUAUAAUUCUAAAAAGACAUAGAAAUUUCUAUACGACCAGCAAAAUCCUGGAAAGGAAGUAAGUACAUACAUGUAACUUGUAAGUUAUGUUACUUGGAGGCCCAGGUUCAAGACACAAGAAUUACACUGCUGAUGGGGUUGCUCAGUUUUUAAUAGAGAUUCUCAAUUGUUUUACAUCUAGAACUAGAAAUAAUGUGUCUUUAAAAAGUCCACUUCUGAUGUCUAGCUGCAGUGAAACAUGUCAGUAAAACUGUUGCUUAGCGUGAUAAUGUUUUAUUUAGUGCUCUGCUGUAUAGAAUGUGUUGUAUCUAGAGAAUUUGAAGGUUGUAAAUUAGUAUAACAGAUAGUGAGAGCAUUAGAGACAGUGGCCAGUUGCUUUGAAGAAAAGAUGUACUGCACAUUGGAAAAGAGUGUUAAAUUUGUCAUUUUGAGCAUUUGCUUUUCAUAGAGGAAUAAGUAAAAUCAUUUGUUUCUUCACAAGAAUUCAGUUCGAUUUCCAACAUUAUGACAGAGUAUAGUAGUGGUUCUGUUCAUUUGUUUUUGUUUGUUUUUCACAAUACAUAAGCAUUAUUUUAGAUUUUCUAUAUACUGGCUGUUCAGUUAGUAAAUUUGUCAACAAUGUCAAUGUUUGGUCACAUUUGGGGCAUAUCACAAUAAAAAAAGCUCUAUA